AUGACGCGUGGCAAGCAAAAGAUCGAGUCGCAGAAGCGCAACGAAGCGCGGAAUCAAAAGCCUAAGGGCUCGCAAUUAGAGGCCCGCGCCGCCGCUUUCAAGUCAACGUGCCCGAUUUGUAAGGUUCUGCUUGCCAAUUACAAUCAGCUCGUUGACCACUACGGCUCUAAACACCCUAAAGAGACGGCAAAUGAUACCCCGGUAAAGGGUGGCACCACCACGGGGUCCCGUCCCAUCCCAUACUCAGCUGUAGAUGGUGAUUCCAGGGCUGCUGCUGCUGCUGCUGCUGCUGCUGCUGCUGCUGCUGCUGCUGCUGCUGCUGCUGCUGCUGCUGCUGCUGCUGCUGCUGCUGCAAUGGAAGUGUACAGCAUCGAGCACACCAACGCUGCUGUGCUUUAA